GCUUGAAAAGGGCAGCGAUUGGGCCAUAACAACCACCCAAGAAGGCGUUGAGCUACUCCAGAGAAAAUACCAUGCAAAAAAAAUUGAGAACAAAACCAUCCCAGAUCAAUUAUUAGUCGCGGUUAAUAUAGGCGCUGGACCAAAAAGUCGUUGCAAGUGGAAGAGUAGUGCACACUGGAGAUGAAAUGCGGACGCUGACGUCGAGUCGUGUGUAACGAGCAGAGUUGGAAAAAGAAGGUGUUGAGCUGCAUUUUUUCUCUCUCCCCCCUCAGCCAGGGACAACUUGUGUCGGAGUGCUGCCUUUAGUAAGAGGCGAAGAUACGGAUAUCACCCACGACGACGACCAUCCACUCUGACGUUCCAGGCAUGGCAGGCAGGACCCGGGGCUGUGGGAACACUUCAGAUGGUCCGUGGCAGACACGCAACUGAUGAGUGAGCGGAGCGCAGUCGCCUGAGCAGAAUGACUCAGCAAGCGGGGAGACCCCCACGUAGCAAGUGAAGAGACGUGAGGAUGGGUGCCAAUGGAUCCAGCUAUCCACACUCAUGCUCCCCACGCAUAGGGGCCAAUGCACAGACGCAGCAGACCUUUAUUGGGACCUCGUCCUACUCUCAGCAGGGAUACGCCUGGGAGUCUAAGCUGUACAGCCUGGAGCAUGGCCAUGAGCGGCCUGCCGACAGGAAGAAAAAGAGCCUCGGCCUGGCAACCCUCAAAAGGCGCUUCAUCAAACGAAGAAAGUCCAGCCGCUCAGCAGAUCACGCCCGUCAGAUGCGCGAGUUGCUCUCCGGCUGGGACGUCCGAGACACAAAUGCCCUGGUGGAGGAAUACGAGGGCACGGCUGCCCUCAAGGAACUGAGCUUCCAGGCCAGCCUGGCACGGGCCGAGGCACCCAGUUUGCCCCGGGACCUAGCCGCCCUUUAUCAGCACAAGUACUGCACUGACGUGGACCUCAUCUUCCACGGUACUUGCUUCCCAGCGCACAGGGCCAUUCUGGCUGUGCGCUGCCCAUUCUUCAAAACUCUGCUGUCCUCAUCCCCCACCUAUGGCGCGGAGGUCCACAUGGACAUUGACACAGCCGGCAUUGAUGUGCCCAUGUUCUCCGCCCUGCUACACUACUUGUACACAGGAGAGUUUGGGGUGAGCAGCGCUGAGGAUUCCCGGCUGCAGAAUGUGGACGUACUGGUGCAACUCAGCGAGGAGUUUGGAACGCCCAACUCCCUGGAAGCAGAUAUGAAGGGCUUGUUUGAUUACGAAUGCUACUAUGAUGCCCUUUUGAGUUUCUCCUCAGACUUUGAGAUGGUCGAGAGUUUCAGUGAGAGAGGGACUGUGGCUCCCACUGUGGUCUCAGGAGGCGGCGGAGCUCCAGGAACCCCUGAUGAGGACCUUCGAGCUCAUAAGGCUAUCCUGUCUGCACGCUCCCCUUUCUUUAGAAACCUUUUACAAAGGCGCAUUCGAACUGGAGAGGAAAUGACAGAGCGUACGCUGCAGACACCGACUCGCAUUGUCCUGGAUGAGUCCAUCAUCCCACGAAAGUACGUGCAAGUGAUUCUCCACUGCAUGUACACAGAUGUAGUCGAGCUGGGACUGGUUCUGCGAGGCAGCCCUUCUGCAGGCAGCCUUGGGGAGGUACAAGCCCUGGUGUCUGGGGGUCGGGGUGCCAGCACGCGCACAGAAGAGGCCAUGGAGCUCUACCACAUUGCUUUAUUCCUGGAGUUCAGCAUGCUGGCACAAGGCUGCGAGGACAUUGUUGUGGAAAGCCUGUCUCUCGAUUCACUCGUGCCCAUCCUCAAGUGGAGCUCCCAACCCUACGGCUCCAAGUGGGUGCACAGGCAGGCCAUGCACUUCCUCUGCGAGGAGUUCAGUCAGGUUGUCACCUCAGAUGUUCUCUAUGAGCUUGGCAAGGAACACCUUCUCAACGCAAUCCAGUCUGACUACCUUCAGGCCAGCGAGCAGGACAUUCUCAAGUAUGUUGUUAAGUGGGGCGAGCAGCAGCUUAUUAAGAGGAUGGCAGACAGGGAGCCCAAUCUACUGAGCGGCACUGCCCACAGCGUUAACAAGCGAGGAGUAAAGAGGAGAGACCUGGACCCGGAGGAGCUGAAGGAGAUCCUGUCCCCUCUCCUCCCCUUCAUUCGAACCGAGCACAUCCUACCCCCGCACAGCGACGUCCUCUCUGACGCACUAAAGAGAGGUUUGAUAAGCACCCCUCCGUCGGACAUGCUACCCAUGGCUGAGGGUGGGAAAGCCAAUGCCUGGUUAAGACAGAAGAACGCCGGCAUCUAUGUACGACCUCGCCUCUUUUCUCCUUACGUGGAGGAGGCAAAGUCAGUACUAGAUGAAAUGAUGGUGGAGCAGACCGAUCUGGUGCGCCUGCGACUUGUGCGCAUGUCCAAUGUCCCCGACACUCUCUACAUGGUCAACAACGCCGUGCCACAGUGCUGUCACAUGGUCAACCACCAGCAAAUGUCCGUUAACUCAGCCGCCGCCCCAUCAGUUGUGGCCAAUGAAAUCCCAGUGCCGCAGCUCUCAGUGGUGAAAGAGAUGAUCCGCAGGCUUCAGGAACUGAGACACACGGAGCAGGUGCAGAGAGCGUACGCCCUCAACUGCGGCGAGGGCGCCACAGUCAGCUACGAGCUGCAGUUGCGAGUGCUCCGGGAGUUUGGUCUGGCAGACGGAGCUACGGAGCUACUACAGAAUCCUUACAAGUUCUUUCCUGAUGAACGAUUUGGAGAUGAGAGUCCAAUUCUGGCUCUGCGCCAGGUGGGUCGAUGUCGUGUAAACAGCAGCCCAGCCAUGGAUAGCAUGUUCACAGAGCUGGAAGGAGUAGCAGGCUUCCACCCUCCUCUGCCUCCUCCACCGCCACCGUACCACCCCCCUGCUACACCCAGCCAUGCUCAGCUCAAAGGCACCUGGCGACCCCGCGUUCCAAUGCCUACCCCCACCCGUUCCUUCUCCUACCCUUGCAACCGCACCCUGAGCCAGCGUCAUGCAGUGGCCAAGCAUGGUGGCUCGGACUACUCCUCCGUGCCCAGACCCCAGCCCCCAGACUGCACCAACCCGCAAGCUAUGGGUUUGCUUUCAGAACAGCAAGCGAUGGGCAUGGAGCCAGUAAUAAGGGAGUUCAUGCCUGACAUCGCACUGGGCGUCUCUGUCAUGUCCCUGAGGGAACAGCACAUGGCUGAGAUGGACAGGGAAAGCCCUCACAGCCCCAUGGCUCCCUCAGGCCAUCACCUGCCCCAUGGGCCCUGCCCCUCCAUCCGUCACAACCACAGCCACACUCCUGGACAUGGACACUCCUGCAAGAGACACGCUCCUGAACCCAAACUGGAGGCGCAAGCAGAAUUCCCUGACCUGUAUGAUUUUUCCUGUCGUCCUUCAUCUCCAGCCUCCACUCAUCCUUUGCCUACAUUCGCUGGACCAGAUAUUUACAGCCACAGCUGCACCCCCUCCACACCAUUCACCCCCACCUAUAUCACUGACUCUCAGUCCCAGGGCCAUGCACAGGGACGAACUGGGCCAGACCCGCUACGACUGGAUGUCCUCAGUAUGACCUCUCAGAGACAUGAUGUGAUUAGCCCCUCGGGGGUCCAACCUAGGAUGGGACACAUGCCUAGGGGGCGUUCAAAUGAGACAGACCUGACUCAUGGCUUAGGCCAUCUGCGGUCACCUAGUGGAAACAUGGACAGCUAUGAGGACAGACUGGCUGGACCUAGAGACACUCCCGAGGAGAUGGUUCUUGGUGUGGAGUCAUCAGGCCCGGGGCCACUUCAACAGCCUCACAGGAACAGUAUCAACGAGGACAUGGCCAGAGAUCGCAGGUCACCCAGCAAGGCUGACUACCCUUACAAAAAAUCUGCACUUUAACCUGAGUUGAGGACCAGCAAUUGAAUUUAAAAAAAAAAAAAAAAAAAAGGGAAUGACUGACUGCCUAUUGUAUUGAAUGGUCAAGCACUAAUUGUGUGUGUGUGUGUGUGUGUGUGUGUGCGUGUGUGUUGAAGAGAAGCUGAAGGUAGGAAAGGUGAUCAGUGGUUGCUAUUUAUAGGAUGUGUCCUUUUUGUCCUACCUCUGCCACACGACUCCAUCCAUCACACAGUCAGAAAAAUGGUCAGAAGAAGAGCUGAAGGGCAUGCGGUUCAUCUCAGCACCGUGUCAAUCCUGCAGGUAACGACACUUAAUGUAGCCAAGUCAUAAAGCGGUGGUCAAACAAAGACUGCAUUCAUGUUGCCUGUUGAUAACAAUCUCCAUUUACAAAAGGUCACAUCAUCUACAAGAGAACAUUGCGAUAAAACCACAUGUAAAUAUGUCCACCUGUCGUCUUCUGUGAUUUUUUGUUUCCUGUAGCAUUCGACCAUUGUGGUUCUGGCUCAUGCACACAAAAAGGCGAAAUCAGAUCCGACGGAAGUAGGUCAUCGGAGCUCGUCUUUCCCUCAGUCUGAUAACUGCCAGGUUAAAGCGAUCAGAGCACAACCUGGUGUUUCCUGUAGUUUGAGCAAGUUCAUUACUGAGAUCCAGCAGUGGGUGCCAUGGCAACCGACAUGCUGUUAUCAAAUGUAGUAGUGGGUUAUUGCUGCUGUGUGUCUGUGUGCAACAUCACACAUGUAAAGGUGUGGUGACAGUCUCAGUACUGUACUCUGUUUGUACAUAUCACCAGAAAUGAGCACAGCGGCCCAGGUGAUGGCACUCCUUCCUCGUUAUCUAAUAGCAUCAAAUCAUCAAAUCGUAAAGCCUUAACCAGUGCUCAGAAUAUUCCAUUUCAGCUACUUUUGAUUCACUGCUCUAUGAUGUCAUUUAUAUUGCAAACCCUUGUUGAUUUGCUCAAUUGACUGACUGUUCACAAACGAACACAAAAAACUGUGGAGUUAGCGUUCAUCCAGUAAAGUGGUUAGCAGCAGUUGUAGCUCCAGAACCAUGCAAGUACACGACUGAAAGCCUGUUAGCGCCAGCAGAAGCUCACACGCCAGCAUGACUCUCACAUUUUAAGGGAAAAAGGAACAAAAGCAGUUUUGUCUCGAUUUGAAAGAAUGUACAUAAAUGAAGAUCAGUGUGUCCCGAUUUGAUCGCAUUUUAAUGGUUGUGUUCAUGCAACACGGUGUACUUUCUGUCCUGUCAUGAAAUCUCACUGCGAAUAUGUCUGAGAAUUAUUUGAAGUGUUCUGCAUUUGAGGCAAUUUGCUCGCUAUUGUAAGUGGUGUGGAUUUUCAUGUUGUUUUUUAAUUUCUUUAUUGUACAAGAGGAAUGUGAAAGGAAUCUGAAUGAGAAAGAUCAUUUUCCCCGUGUAAAUUGCAUCACCGGGAAAAAAUGCAAAACUUCAGAUUCCUCAUAUUCAUGUUGUGUAGUUAACUUUUCCAGGGCGGCAUUCCAUUGAAUAACAGUGGUUGUUUUGCUCUUCGCUGUAGAGAGGACAGUGCCUUCCCCGCCUGCAGCUGGGUUUUUAUUGGAGACUUUGAUGUCUAUGCAAGCUCUUUUCUACCAUCUUACCAGCCUGCAUCUGAUAGUUGUAGCUCCUUUUGUGUACAUAGAUGUUAUUUAGCACCUUUUUUUGUUUGUUUUUUAUUUUUUUUGGAAUUGAAUCACCCGAUAUGUUUUGAUCUCUUGUGUUGGAUUCUAGCAGGUACAUUGUACUUGUAUGGUAUCUUAGGAAUCAAUGUUUUUAGACUGAUAUAUGUUGCAUUUAGUUUCACCGAAUCUAUUUUUCUAUUGGCACCUCAAAAGGUGCACAACAGUGGUCGUCUUUGGCAUCCUCAAAAAUAAACUGAUUUGAUAUUAUGAAUUCA